AUGGUAGCCUAUAACAUGGUUAAGUUCUCUGACACAGUUCCAGACAGUUUAUUGCCUUUUAGCACCAACGAGUGGACGGACAGAUUCAAUUGCUUUUCUAGUCAGACCGCCACCAAAUUCUUCUGCUUUCUGGACGCUGUACUCUUUAAGUGACAUCAAUGAACAUCUGCCGUAAUGAAUUGGUUACUGUCGUUAGUGAUCUUGCUCCACCUGAUAUUUCUUCGUUUAAGUUCUUGUAUAGAUCUCAUCUAUCAUGUCAAAGAAAACAGAGGUCCUGGCAGCUAUGUGGGCGAUAUAGCCUCUGAUUCGCAUAUAUUAGAACAUCUUAAAGAUCCAAGUUUAAUCACAUACAACCGGUUACGACAGAGACAAACUAGCAGCUCACAACUAUUCAACGUCACUAAGACAGGAAAACUUUUUACUGCUCAGACUUUGGAUGCUGAAUCUCUCUGUUUUUACAACACGGAAUGCUUUAAGAUUAUCAAAAUAGCUGUCCGCAAAGCUGAAGCGUUUAUGAAAAUACUUAAAAUCAAGGUAAUCAUAGAAGAUAUUAAUGAUCAUCAGCCUGAAUUUCCCGUAAAACAAGUUAACAUUCAGUUUGACGAAACUGAUGGCAAAGGAACAAUGAAAUCUAUACCGAAUGCAGUAGAUAAAGACGUUGGUUUAUUGAGUUCUUCAAUAACAUAUCUAUUGAAAAAAAAGUUUGAUGAGCCUUUUACAUUGUCAGUAACAAAACGAGUUAUUGGUACUUCAAAAUUAAAUAUAAUUUUGGAAAAGAAAUUAGACAGAGAACUGAAAGAUAGUUAUAUGCUCCAAGUUAUUGCAAAAGAUGGCGGUAUUCUGCCUCGAGAAGGAAGGUUAAAUAUUCACAUAUCUGUAACUGACAUUAAUGACAACGCUCCAGUUUUCACGCAAAAUAUUUAUAAUAUUUCAAUAAGAAAUUUUCACCCCAAAACUCGACCAAUUAUUAUUUUGUCUGCGAAAGAUUUAGACUCUGGCGAAAAUAGUCGAGUCUCAUAUCAUUUCAGCUCAGAAACAUCGGACACAGCCAAAAUAUAUUUCCAACUCAACAGUGAAACUGGGGAAAUUUUCGUACAGAAGAAAAUUACUUUUAGACAGAAACAAAAAUAUAAACUGUUCGUUGAAGCCAGAGAUGGUGGAAACCCGCCCUUAAGUUCCACAGCCAUGGUGCUCGUGAAUGUAAUUAAUCAACAGAAUAAUGCACCAGAAAUAGACGUAAAUUUCGUUUCUGAAUUAUCAAAAGAUACUGCUAGUAUCUCGGAGGGAACUAAGGUUGGCAGUUUUAUUGCAUAUGUUAGUGUUAUUGACAACGAUAUCGGAAUGAAUGGAGAAGUUGAUUGUAACCUGGAGCACGAGAAAUUUCAGCUGUUAAAUUUAGGUUCUAACGAAUAUAAAAUAAUAAUGAAGAAGCAAGUUGACAGAGAAACGAAAGAAUUUUAUGAUAUUAGUCUCAGCUGUCAAGACAAAGGAUCACCGUCUCUGAGGAGAGAACGAAAUUUUUCUAUCCAAGUGAUGGAUGUCAACGAUGUACAACCACAAUUUACAAAAGACACUUUCAAAUUUCUGACAUAUGAAAAUGAGGACCAUAAGUUUCCAAUCGGCUUUGUUAAUGCAACUGAUGCUGAUCAGGGCUCCGGGGGUGAACUUACUUAUUUUUUGUUAAGUAACAACGAAUAUUCUAUACCCUUUGAAAUCACUGAUUAUGGAUUUAUUUCCACAACAAAUUCCUUGGAUCAUGAACAAAAGGAUACAUAUCAAUUUAAAGUGUUAGUAAAAGACAACGGAAAUCCUUCUUUAAACAAUACAGCAAAUGUUAUUGUUGAAGUUAUGGAUGAAAAUGACAACGUUCCCUAUUUUACUUUCCCUAGUGUUAAUCCUUUUAGUCUAGAUGUCCACUAUCAACCACAUCGAAAAAAUGAAAUAGCAGUUCUGAGGGCAUCUGACAGAGACAGUCAUGUAAACGCUUUUCUGAGAUAUGAAAUAGUAGGGGGUAACAACAAACAACUGUUUUCUGUGAACCCUUAUACGGGGGUUUUAUUUUUCUCUCGAACUGUUUAUCAAAAUGAUGCAGGGUCAUAUAAUUUAGACUUAAUUGUUCAGGACAGUGGCACGCCGGUUUUAUCAGCAAUGACCACCUUGUCUUUAGUACUGACCGUCAGCAAUAAAACAGCGAAAAUGUUGACGACCGUUGACAUAUAUUCAGACGAAAUGAUAGAUAUGAAUCUAGUCAUUGUCAUUGUUGCAGGUGCCGUCAUAGUGUCUGCUGUCGUCGUUGUGUCUAUAACCAUUUGCAUCGUCAGAUGCAAUAACAGCCGAAGUCCUCAACAUAGAACUGAGAUUAGCCAAUGUGAUCAAUCAGGUAAAGAAAAGAACUUAUUGAUUUAUCAAACCAACAAUCCCGUUUUCUCGACGGGCAAUCCCGAUGAAAUUAAAAAUAGAAAUACUCAGUCAUUGAGAAUGGGGAAUCAAGAAGAUUUGCAGCAAGAAUGGAAAAUUUCAGCCGCAUCACGAAGUCUCCCAAUGACACGGCAGGGAUACAUAGCAGAUAUUGGUGUAACAUCAGGCUAUAUUGGAGUCGAAGAAAGACCUUUUACAGCUCCUGACUGUCGUAUCAAUAUUGUAUCCACACGAAAAGAUAUCAAACAUGGCUGCAUACGAAGAGAUGCCCCACAGUACGAAGAAAUACCAGGGCUAACAUGUUCUGGCAUUUCUUGGAACAAAGAAUAAAGAAUAAUUUGAAAACACCAAAGACUAAAAGAUGAAAGCCGGGGAAAACUGUGUUUGUGAAAUUACUGAAGUGAAAACCUUCAAACUAUGACAAGCUCAUGUAAGCUUAAAACAACUUCAUAAAAGUGUCAAAUACUAAAUGGAAGUGCUAAGGGAAAUUGUGAAAACGCCAUAGUGAAUCAAAUACUGUCCUUUAAACAUCAAAGCUGUUCAUUUUUUUGACAUGUUAAGUAUGUCAAUUAAUAAUGAUGCAUGACUCUCAACUAUGGUAACAGAAUUGGUUUGUGGUCAAAUGGUAGACUGACAAGCCUUACUGCUGGUUUUUCUAUAUCUGAUUUUAUUCCAUAUCAUUUAUAGCUGGACAGCAGCAGGCCAUAAGCCAAUCCCUUACUACAAAAGAAAGAGAGAAAGAAAGAGAGAGAGAAAGAGGGAAAGUGAGAGUGAGAGAGAGAAUGAGAGAGAGGGAAAAAAAAUUCAAUCAAUAAUUUUGUAGUAAAUUUUGAUUAAAUGUAGAAAUUGUGCAUUUUUUCACUUAAUGGAAAAAUCAAAUACAUUUUAAGAGUGAUUUUUUUCCUCUCCCUUUCAAUUUUUUUUUUAUAUUAUUUAAAAAAAGAUUUAUUAUUAUUAUUAUUAUUAUUAUUAUUAUUAUUAUUAUUAUUAUUAUAUUCUGUGAAAUAUUUUGAGUGGAAUUGUCUGUCACUGGGAAGUGCAUCGAAGAGGAAGAACGAAUAUUAGAACAAUACAUAAUUUUGACUGAAAUUAAGUCUUCAAAAGAUUGCUGAAAAGGCAAAAAUAAAAUAAGAUAAAAAAAAUAUAAACAUAAACAAAAAUCAAAGUAAAUCCAAAAUUUGGGAGAAAAUAUGAAGAAGAAGAAGAAGAAACAUAGAAAAGAAGAGAAAGAAAUUAAGCUGAUUUAAUUGAAGAUAAUGACUUGAGUACGAAGAUCUGAGUACCAAAAUUCAAGUACCAAGAUUAAAAAGUUUUAAAAAAUUCAUUAAGCAGCAAAAUAAAAUGCAGAAUUGAACAAAAAAAGAAAGGAAAAAGAAAAAGAAAAAAUAAUAAAAAGAAAAAAAAAACAGUAGAAUCUCAAGAAAAAAAUCUUAAGCCACAUAAUUUUCUUGAUGGGCUUAACUUUUAAUGAACCAAUAGAAUUUUAUAUGAAAAGACAUUUUUCUGUGUGAUAGCAGUAAUUAUUGGAAUAGAAUGGCUGAAUUUUUGAUCACAUCUCGUGGAAGAGAUGUAUAAAUCCAUAAAAACACUAAGCAAUGAUGAAUCUUUUAACCAUUUUAGUCGCAAAGAAAUUAUUCUCUCAAACUACAUGGAAUUUCAAUCUGCCUCCUGGCUCUGGCUUAUAGGAUAAUAGGCUUUAAUAGCGCUGGUAUAUAUAUGUAUAUAUGCAAACACACAUUUAUAUAUAUGUGUGUUUGUAUGUAUCAUAUAUUACAUAUACACAUAUAUAUAUAUAUAUAUAUAUAUAUAUAUAUAUAUA